AUGCCGGCUACUGGAACUAGGAAGACGAGAUCUGUCUCUCGUCGUACCGUGCCAGGUGAGUUGCACGAUUCACCUGAUGUCUCCGCCGCUAUUGCGAGCGUCGAGGAAAUAGUCUCCGCCCCUGCACCUGGAGAUGCAGAUGUGAGCGUUGAGCAGACAUCCGCGCCUAUGAAUGGCCGCGUCGAUGGAGAGCAGACUACUAACUCAAGUGCUCGAGAGAAUAACCAGCAGAAUGAGGCGCGCGCUGCUGUACAGCAUCGGGUCUCCUCUUCGGGCGACAUCGGACCCAAUGGGAGUGCUGUCGUUACUCCACCAGCUACUCCGCCCAAGUCCGGGACACCGUCGUUCACACUUCGACAUGUCGAUUGGGCAGAGAGCAGUGAGGAUGAUGACAACGUCGGCGGAGGGGUUCCUGCAGAAUGGAUUAAGGAUGCUGAAGUACAUCCGAAUCUUUUGUUUGAUAUAUUGAAGGGUAUUGAGGACCCCAAGCAACGGUAUGAAUUACUUGAUUACCAUCUGUUGCAAUCUAAGAGAACCGGGACCAUCGCUGGUAACAACGGACAGCCGAUAUCAGUUCGUGCGGAGGGCGACAAAGCCUCUCCCCUUCUCACUGACGGUGAUGAUCCUACAACUACCCGGGCACCUUCUAAUGCCAAUGUUCUCAGAGCUAUGCCUCUCGCCGACAUCGUACCCCAGCUGCAUGUUGACAAGGGGAAGCGAAAGGCUGAUGAUCACCGUGUGGCGGUGAAUCCGACUUCCAUUGCCCGCGAAGCGAAAGCAGUUCCAACCAUCAAGUCUGAAGCUAAGAUAGGAAGAGCUGGGUCUCAGAUCCCUAAUGUGGGCUUCGUCCACAGGAUCAUUGAAGGAGGCCCUCCGGGAUCGGACCCAUCCGACUCCUCUAGUGAAUCAGAUGGCUCCUCGAGGAGUGAUUCGCUCAGUGACACCUCCUCGGCCGCAUCCGAUGCGACGUUCAGGACUCGAGAACGCAAACGGUUGAAGCAUAAGCUUUUCCGUCAACGUCGACGCGCUAAACGUGGUAACCGCAAUCGUCUUCCGAGAGGCGUUCGCAUCGAGGAGCCUAGUAAGUGGGAUGGUACCCCCAACUACGAUAGGUUUGAACAUUGGAUCUACGAAGUCGAAAACUAUUUUACUAGUACAGGGAUUAAACGUCGUUUGCAAGUGAGAAUGAUUGGUCGGUGGUUGCGUGGCAAAGCAGCAGACUAUUUCAUGAAUUCUAUAGCCGACAAUCCAGACAAAUAUACUAAGGAAGCCGUCUACCAUGGCUUGUUCUCAUACUGUUUUCCGACGAGAUUCAAAGCUGAGCUCCGAAAACGCUAUGAUAAAUGCUUCCAAGGCCAACGGCCUUUCCGCGAGUUCAUUCGUGAGCUUCAGAAACUAUCCAAACGCCUUCCGGAUAUAUCUGAUGCUCAUCUUGUGCUCAAGGUCUGGGAGAAUGCGCGACGUGAUAUUCGAGUGGAAUGGGCUAAACUAGGCUAUGAUCCGGAGACAGCGACACUUGCGGAGUUAGAAGACGCUGCUAUUAACAUUGAGACGGCGUCUGAGCUCGCGGCUGAUGCUCGCGGCGAUUUCACGAGACGGCGACAGAAGUUCAAUGCGGGCUCGUCUAUUUUCACUAGUCAUGAAAAAUCAUCGGGAGACAAAUAUCGGACUCAAGGCCCUAUUACUGCUGCUGCGAGCAAAGAGAGCGGACAAAAACUAUCCGCUAACCAUCACACCGCUCGUCAAACUGGCCCAUCUACGCGCCGAUCACUAACGCAAGCAGAAAUGGACGAGCUGAGGAGCGCUGGCAUACGGCUCGGGCGCCUCGAGUUAGAUCGGCCCAUGCCAGAAUUCGUUCCUCGGCUGUUAACAUAUCUCGUGCUGAAGACCUCGCAAAGGAGCGUGAAGCAGUUCUUAAAUGUUCUGGAUGUAGCUUUGGUUCCAACAAUGAAUCCGAACUAG